UGUCCUGUUUCUUGCAUGAAAAGCACCAUGGCUGACAAACCAUCAAAACCAGCAAACUCCCCCGAGGGAGCUGUGGCAGGAGAACUAAGUGCUCUGGAGGAGGCCUUUAGAAAAUUUGCCGUGCAUGGUGAUACGAGAGCCACGGGGAAAGAGAUGCAUGGGAAGAACUGGUCAAAGCUAUGUAAGGACUGCCAGAUCAUAGAUGGGAAGAACGUGACAACCACAGAUGUUGAUAUUGUCUUCAGCAAAAUCAAGGGAAAGUCUGUAAGAACUAUUACUUUUGAGCAGUUUAAGGAAGCUCUUCAAGAACUCUCCAAGAAGCGGUUUAAAGGCAAAAGUGAUGAGGAAGCACUUCAAGAGAUGUAUAAACUAAUUGAAGGAAAAGGCCCAGGUUUAACUGGAGUAACGAAAACUGUUGCAUCUCCAACUGUUUCACGCCUUACAGAUACUUCAAAAUUCACGGGGUCUCACAAAGAGAGGUUUGAUGCCAGUGGGAAAGGAAAAGGCAGAGCUGGCCGAGAAGAUCUGGUGGAUAACUCAGGAUAUGUAUCUGGUUAUAAGCAUGCAGGCACAUACGAUCAUAAAGUACAAGGAAACAACUCCAAAGGUGAUUAAAAACAGCACAGCUACCCAGGGGAAACAGAAUCUAGUUUUCUUCCCUGAUCUACUCAAGCACAAGAAAGGACAUUUCCAAGGAAAAAGAAAUAAAGCCAUCUUCUCAAAAAC